AUGAAGCAGCCGUCAGGUGGAGAAGCCAAGGCCGUUGGUCAUGAAUUGGCCAGUGUUCUUCCCAACGAUGGCAUUCCAUGGUGGAAGAAGAGCCAUCUGAUCAAGCUCAACUUCUGCAUCGUCUCCUUCAUGCUGUUCACCAGCUCAAACGGCUUCGAUGGCUCUGUCAUGAACGGCUUCCUGGCCUUGUCUCAGUGGAAAGACUUCAUGGGCAAUCCCACAGGUGCAUGGCUUGGCUUCAUCAACGCUAUGUACUCUCUCGGAGCAGUCAUUGGCUUUCCGCUCACCGCGAUGCUUUGCAACCGCUGGGGCCGCAAAAUCGGCCUUUGGCUCAGCGUGUUCAUCUCCUUGGUGGGCACUGCGCUGCAAACCGCUGCUCCGAAUCAAGCUGCGUUCAUCACCGCCCGUUUCUUGAUGGGCGUUUCCCAGGGUCUUUCAGUUGGAGCGCCCCUGUUGAUCGCCGAAAACGCGUUCCCCACGCACCGUGGAAUUGCUUCAAGCAUGACCUUUGGCACAAGGAACAUGGAGGGCUCAGCAGCCUGGCGUAUUCCCUCUGGCCUGAUGGCGCUUUUACCCUUGAUGACUGUGCCUGCUCUGUUUCUCAUGGAUGAGUCCCCCCGAUGGCUGGUAUCUAUGGAUCGCGCGGACGAGGCAAGAAUGAAUCUUGCUAAGGCCCACUGCGGUGGCGAUAUCAAUGCACCUCUUGUCACAUUCGAAAUGGUCGAGAUUGAGGAGACUCUGAAGGCCGAAAAGCUUGCUAAUGACAGCACAUCCUGGGCUGAUUUGUGGUCUACUCCUGGAAAUCGUCAUCGCCUUUGGAUCUCUGUCUCGCUGGGCAUCUUUGCCCAAUGGUCUGGAAAUGGAGUGGUAUCGUAUUACUUGGCGAUCAUUCUGGAGUCUGUCGGUAUUACCUCAGUCACGGAUCAGACACUCAUCUCCGGAUGCCUUCAGAUCUGGAAUCUUAUUUGGUCCGCGGCGGCUGCCAUCUGCGUCGACAAAGUUGGGCGCAAAGCUUUGUUCAUGGCUAGUGGUAUUAUCAUGCUCGUCUCGUACAUCAUUGUCACGGGUCUAUCGGGAAGCUUCGCGACUAGCGGGAAUGGUCCCACUGGAAUUGCAGUUGUUCCAUUUUUGUUCAUCUACUUCCUCGGAUACGAUAUUGCCCUCACACCCCUGGUGAUCUCAUACCCCGUUGAGAUCUGGACGUACCAGAUGAGAGCUCGCGGACUGGCAGUCUGCCAGAUGGUCUCGCUUGGGGCCAUCUUCUUCAACACCUUCAUUAACCCUAUCGCCCUGGACGCCAUUCAGUGGAAGUACUAUUUUGUCUUCGUUGCGAUUUUGGUGGCAAUGCUGGUGACGGUAUGGUUCACUUACCCUGAGACUCGAGGACGAACACUCGAAAGCAUCGCCUGGCUGUUUGAUGGAGAUGAGGCAAACGUUGGUAUUGCCACCGCUGAGAACACACUCAAGAGCACCAAACAGCAUAUUGAGGACCAUACUACGGACGAAUCUCAGGAGAAGCAGUAA